CACCACUCACUCAUACUGCCUGUGCUCUCCUCCAGUGACUGAUGGGGACCAUUCCUUAAAUGUGACUUUUUCUCUAGUUUUCAGUGUUGACAUUUGGUUUGUUUGAAUUUUACUGAACCAGCUCUGGACUGUACAGAAAGGAUUUUAAAAGUUUGAAAUUAUUUUUCAUUUCAUACUCAUGACUUGGAACAUGGAUCCCACUGUGGAGUAUAGAGAUACUUAUGAUUAUGAUUAUGGUGACAACGAAACUAUGUGUGACUACUCUGAGUGGGAGCCAUCCUACUCCCUUAUCCCUGUCCUCUACAUGCUCAUCUUCAUCCUGGGCCUGUCUGGGAAUGGAGUGGUCAUCUUCACCGUCUGGAGGUCCAAGUCCAAGCGCCGAGCAGCAGAUGUCUACAUAGGCAACCUGGCCCUGGCUGACCUCACCUUUGUGAUCACUCUGCCCCUCUGGGCCGUGUACACAGCACUGGGCUACCACUGGCCCUUUGGUGUGGCCCUGUGUAAGAUCAGCAGCUACGUGGUGCUGGUCAACAUGUACGCCAGUGUCUUCUGCCUUACCUGCCUGAGCUUUGACCGUUACCUGGCUAUCGUCCACUCUCUGUCCAGCAGCCGGCUGCGGUCGCGGGGCACAAUGCUGGCUUCCCUGGGGGCCAUCUGGCUCCUCUCAGGCCUGCUGGCUGUGCCCACUUUGCUGUUCCGCACCACCGUGGACGACAUCAACAGCAACCGCACCACCUGUGCCAUGGACUUCAGCCUGGUCACCCAAAACGAGAGGCAUGAGUCCCUGUGGAUCGCAGGACUCAGCUUGUCGUCCUCUGCCCUGGGCUUCCUCCUGCCGUUCCUGGCCAUGACCAUCUUCUACUGCUUCAUCGGCUGCACCGUCACGCGUCACUUUAACAACCUGCGCAAGGAGGACCAAAAGAAGCGUCGUCUGCUGAAGAUCAUCACCACCCUGGUGGUUGUAUUUGCCAUUUGCUGGACCCCAUUCCACUUGCUGAAGAGCAUGGACGCCCUCUCCUACCUGAACCUGUCUCCCAGCUCCUGUGGGUUUGAGCGCUUCCUCCUGGUGGCCCAUCCUUAUGCUACCUGCCUGGCUUACGUUAACAGCUGCCUCAACCCCUUCCUGUACGCCUUCUUCGACCUGCGCUUCCGCUCCCAGUGCCUGUGCCUGCUCAACCUGAAGAAGGCCAUGCAUGGACAGAUGAGCUCCAUGUCCUCCACGCUCAGCGCCCAGACACAGAAGUCAGAGAUACAGUCUCUGGCCACCAAAGUGUAAAGAGAGAGGAGGGAUAGGUGGAGUGGGACUGCUGGCUGGUUCCCUGCUGCCACCACAGGAACACUGACUGGUAAACACACAGUUUUUUGGUGUCCGUUACUCAAAUGCUUUUAAGGCGUAACAGACAAUGAACAAUGACUUUGUUUUCCGAAACAUGGGUUUGCAUAUACAGUAUGUUUUCAUUUUUGUGUAUAUGUACAUUUCUCACCCAUUUCAACCCAACGGGUGCUUCAGUGGGUAGGGGAGAAGCCCAGGGAGUCCUCAGCCCUACAAAGGUUCCCUCUAACCCCUUGGACUGGACUCUGGAUCUGGGGAGAGUUGGCUGAGCUCCAUAUAGCUGCUUUUUCCCCCCACAACGUCUCUGAAAGGUAAAUAUACUUUUCAGACGGACUCUAUUUUUCCUCUUCUCCCUUUCAACUGUUAUUCUUUACUGUAUAAGGGACCAGAACCCUGAACAAAAAGACAGAUGGUUUUUUUCUGUUGUUGUUAUGUAUAUCACAUGCAAACCUGUUUACACUGGGUAAAUCACAAAUGUACAGUAUUUUCAUACUUUUGCUGUUUCAGAUGUGUUGAUAUUUUGUUUUAUUACAAGCACUUGUUAAAUGAAUGAAAUGUAAAAGAGGGGAAAAUGUGUUUGCAAAGAGACCAUAUCUUCUUCAGGUUGUUGUUUGUGAAGGUAGGAGACUGGGCAGAGGAGGGGGGGGGGUGUAAGAGGAGGAAAGGUGUUGCAGCUUAAUUACAGAGUUUGAGGAGGAGACAGGGGCAGACAGGCAGAUGGCAGCUGACAAAUGUUGUCAGGGAAGUGGGUGGGGGCUUUACAGUGCCCUCUGGUGCCGGGGAGGAAAGGGGACUUCAUGAAUUUUUUAUUGUAUUGCAUAUAUGUUUUUGACAUCUGUGUAACUAACUACUGUAUUAAAGAAGUACGAUCUAUGAAA